AUAGGUAAUUAAACUGCCAUAGCAGCCAUCUGAGAGAGAGAUCAUUCUCACUGUCCAGAAAAAGCCUGGCAAGAAUCUGGGCACAAAAGUCUCAGAGUACAUGCUGUGAAGAGGUCAGUUUUCAUGUAUUUCAGGGAAUGGAGCAGAUGGAAGAUUAAGACAAGCUACUAAAUUACCUUUCUGAACCAGGUAAAGGAUGCUCUGUAUUGAUGGAGGAGGAGAACCUAGAUAUGGCAAUCUUGAAACAGAAGAGCUCUGUGAUUAUUUUUCAAAGCACUUAGGAGAGUAUGAAAAUGUCCUAUCUGUCUUGGAAGACUUAAACAUAACCAUACUGAAGGCAAUGGACAAAACAAAGAGAGACUAUCAGGAAGCUUCCAAUUCGGAGCAGUUUGUGACUCGCUUUCUUUUGAAGGAGACACUGAACCAGCUGCAGUCCCUCCAGAGCUCCCUGGAGUGUGCCAUGGAAAGGACGGAGGAGCAGACCCGGCAGGAGAGAAAAGAUCCAACAAAACCAGAAGUGCUCUCAGUUCAGUGGCCAGGAAAACUCUUAUCUCAAAGGCUUCAGAGGAACAACAGCCUGUCAUCAAAUAACCUUUAUUCUAGCCCAGGUUGGAUUGAGGAAGACAGCCAGUGGGUGAUCCAGAUAAACAGACUCCAGAAGCUAAUUGAUAGACUAGAAAAGAAGGACCUAAAGCUUGAGCCACUUGAAGAGGAAGUUUUGGAAGAAAAUGCAAGAUCUCACAUAAUGAUGGUUCAGCACCAAAUGGCUGUGAAAGAAGAAAAAGUGGAGGAAUUCUGUCUUGCUCUGAAGCAGUACCUGGAAUCUGCUUCUGCUCAAGGUGGCUGCUUGCAUGUUUCCAUACAGAAGCUUCCAAGUGACUUCCACUUCAUUGUUUAUGAGUUCUGGGAAAACAGCAAUGCCUGGAAUAGCCACCUUCAAAUGAAUUACAGCAAGGCAUUCCAGAGAAGUAAUGUGGAUUUCUCGGAAACGCCAGAGCUCAUCACAACAAUGCUAGUCCCUGCAUCAUGGUGGGUCCUCAAUAACAACUAGAAGCUGUGGUUCCAAGUAAUGUUAAUGUUGUAUUGUCUUUCAUUACACUAGCAUUCAUAUUGCAGUGUACAGGUAAAAUUAUGAUAUGAUAACAUUUGUUAUUAUGGAUGGGAUCUUUUCCCAUUUAUCCAUUCUAAAAUCUGGAAAACUGUGCAUUUAUUUCCUUUUCUUCUUGUGACUAGUUCAGUGAAAUUAUGCAUUCUAAAAACUGCAGUAAGACAACUAUGAUAAACUAUUUAUUUCUGUGACAGUCCAAACUGUCACAGAAAAGUAUGUCUUGAAUGUAUGACUAAAUAUUUGUGAAAAGUUCUAUUACAGCAUUAAUAAACAACCAUUAC